AUGGAGACUCCAGGAGGAGCUGAACUCUGCUUUCCACUGCUCCUCAACACUUCCUGCAGGAAACCUCAGUCCGACGGCAUGCUCAUUAACCUUCUGCUGUCUUUCAUCUCUCUGAUCACUGCAGCUCUCAACCUGCUGGUCAUCAUCUCUAUCUCCCACUUCAGGCAGCUCCACAGCCCCACCAACCUCCUCAUCCUCUCUUUGGCUGUCUCAGAUUUCCUCGUUGGCCUCCUGCUGAUGCCUGUUGAAAUACUUUCAACAGAGAAUUGCUGGUUCCUCGGUGACCUCAUAUGUGCCCUGUAUCAUAAUAUAAAUUUCAUCAUUACUUCUUCUUCGGUUGGAAAUAUGGUGCUCAUAUCCGUUGAUCGUUAUUUGGCUAUUUGUGACCCUCUACGUUACGACACCAGAGUUACUCUAGACAGAACCAAAAUAUGUGUUUGUUUGUGUUGGAUUUACUCUGUAUUUUACAAUUGUCUCAUUUUGAUGGACCUUCUGAACCAACUUAAGUUGCAUAAUUCCUGCUACGGAGAGUGUGUAGGUUUUCUUAACCACAUCACAGGAUCUGUCGACUUUGUCUUUACCUUUAUUGGCCCCAUUACUGUCAUCAUAGUUCUCUAUUUAAAAAUAUUUGUGGUGGCGGUGUCUCAGGCUCAAGCCAUGCGCUUCCACAUAGCAGCACUCACAGUACAGCGUAAAGUGGGUGUAACUGCUAAGAAAUCUGAGAUGAAAGCAGCCAGGACUCUUGGUGUUGUUGUGGUUGUGUUUCUGAUAUGUUUUUGUCCAUAUUACUCUCCAUCCCUUACAGGUGAGGUUAUUGGAGGCAGUAGUUUAUCCUCAGACAUUCAUGUAUGGCUGCUGUUUUUCAACUCCUGUCUUAACCCAGUGAUCUAUGCCUUCUUUUACCCCUGGUUUAGAAAAUCUAUUAAACUCAUAGUCACCCUUAAGAUACUUCAGCCAGGCUCUUGUGAUGCUAAUAUACUGUAG